UGCGCGCGGAAUGCGGAAGCGCCCGGUCUGACACGUGACGCCCCUCCCCUGUGGCUGGAGAGCUGAGUGACCCGGCGGAGGCUGCAGCGGGCGGGCGGCAUGAAGCGCUGUGUGGUCAGUGUGAGGGGCGGGAAGGACAAGCACGGGGUGGCCGCGGCUUCCCUGCAGGAGCUCAGUGAUAAAGCCAUCGCACUCCUGCAGUUGGAUCCUGCGCAGGGCCCGAGUACCCUGGUCCUGGCAGAAGAUGGGACCAUUGUUGAGGAUGAAGAUUACUUCCUCUGCUUACCUGAAGACACAGAGUUUGUGGUGCUAAUGGGAGACAAGAAGUGGGCUUCCUGCACAGUAGAUGGAGGCACGGCAUGGCUGGCCCGGGAAUCGGUUGACCUGGAUGAUAUAGACAGCGGGCAGCUUCCAGAAUGGAAAGUGUUAGCUGCGCAGUUAAGGGAAAACCUGUCUAAUAUCAUUCUGCUGUCAGAGUCCGACUUUCAGACUCUCAUUGAUGUGCCGACUGUGGAGCUCGGUAGAGAGAUGGCUGUGGAUCCCAUCAAGGCUGAAAUGCUGAAAGAUACCCUCCAGGGCCUGCUGGACCGCCGGGAGGAGGAGCGUCGGUCUACGGAGCUGCUGCAGCUCUAUGUAACCGCUGUGACAAAAGACGAAACUGAUGGGUGCAAUGUAACAGAGCCUGACAGUAUUGGUGACGCAGAUGGGACAGAGGGCAGGAAGAGCCGGCUCUCCAGCAACAUAAUUACAGUACUGAGGGAAAAGAGGUUGCCGCAUCUCAGCCUAUCAAAUGAGCAGCUAGAGCUGUUGCUAUGGUGUCUGCAGGCGGUCUGUGCGCAGGACGCUGAUGCUCUGUCGGUGGAUUUGAAAUGGACUCCUGAGAAUGUCCGGAAGUUGCAGACGACCUGUGCGGAGCAGCUACAGCUACGAUAUGAGCAGGUGCAAUGUAUGAACUCUCUGUCAAGUGUGUCACAGAGCAAGAGAAAACGUGUGCCCUAGGGCCGGGGAGAAGCGGAGGUCACAGCCAGUGUGAGGAGCAGAGGUUGUGUGUGGCGCUCUAGUACAUGCCUCAGCCGCAGGCCAACAAAUGAACACGGCCGUAUCCGCUCAGGACAUCAUAAACUGCACUUUCCUAUAAAUGUGAAGAGUGGUAACAUUUUACGGCCCACCCGUACGGACGCGUUUGUGCCUAUUGGUGACACAGAUAUGUCAGGUGCAAUUACAACAGCAUUCUAAGGCUGACAUGAUGAUGUCACAGCUGUCUUCUUAUAACUGAUGAUGUCACUAGUUUCUCAUUAUUACAUUAUGGUCUACAUGGAAUUACAGUGUGUUACUGGUAUAUUUUAGAUGUGAUUCAUCUACUACCGGUCCCAGCCGUGGGUACUCUCAUCACUAUUAUGUGCCAUUGGCAGUAGUGUAUAAAUGCAACUUAUGGUUUGUACUUGUUUUAUGUACAUAGGGGGUCAUUCCGAGUUGAUCGCUAGCUGCAUUCGUUCGCUGUGCAGCGAUGAGGCAAAAAAAGGCACUUCUGCGCAUGCGUAUGCGCGAUGUAAUAUUACAACGAACGAUGUAGUUUCACACAGGGUCUAGCGAUGCUUUUCAGUCGCAAUGUCAGCCGCAGAGUGAUUGACAGGAAGUGGGCGUUUCUGGGUGUCAACUGCCCGUUUUCAGGGAGUGUUCGAAAAAACGCAGGCGUGGCUGGGCGUACGCAGGGCGUGUUUGUGACGUCAAAACAGGAACUGAACAGUCUGAAGUCAUUGCUGAGUAGGUCUGGAGCUACUCUGAAACUGCACAAAAAUAAAUUGUAGCCGUUCUGCGAUCCUUUCGUUCACACUUCUGCUAAGCUAAAAUACACUCCCAGUGGGAGGCGGCAUAGCGUUUGCACGGCUGCUAAACACAGCUAGCGAGCGAUCAACUCUGAAUGACCCCCAUAGCGUGUUGCACUAGAGUCUGUAUUUUUGGGGGAUUUUUAUCUUAAUCUUAACAGUAGCUCGAUACUUACUUUGCCGCAGAAAUAAAACAGUUGUUGCUAAUCUCGCUAUAAA